UCGGUCUGUAAACAGUGUGAAAUACAACAGCAUCGAAAACAAAUAAAAUUUGGUGAAAAUUUUCAAAAUUUCUCGGUGAAAAUGUCGUAUUUUGCUAAUUUUAACAACGAAGCGGGUAAAACGAUUCUCGGUGACAUCAUAAAAACGUGUAAUCAUCCGGAUAAUUCGAAGCGUUUGUCUGAAGCAAAAGCGGCAGCCGGAAAGGAAAUGUUGCAAAUGAUGCAUUUAGUCUUUCCGAUUUUGAUGCAAAUUCAAAUGGAUAUUAUUAAAAACUACGGUUUCCCAGCCACUCGAGAGGGUUUAAUUCAGUUCGAACAAUUGAUUCGGGAUUUAGAGAAAGACGACGCUGAAAUUGCCAGACUACGUUCGCAAAUCCGUGCCAUUUACCUUCCACCGAUUAAUAUCAGCGCAGCAAAGGAUAUUUUAAUAUGAAGCAAAAACAUACUAAUUUGUUCGGCGGAUUAGGAUGUUUAGUUUUAAACAACGACUGAUUAACGUUAUAGUUUAUUUUAGUUAAAUUUUCAAUGCAGAGAUUUGUUCUUCAUCGCUCAACUGUCUUGAUUCAGUUGAUAAAACUUGAAAUUCUAGUCAUAUUACAUUGUAUCAACAUGUCAGUGUCCAUCGAAAUUUUAAGUAAUCUGAAGAUUCUCUGUAACAUUGUGACAUUUUCCAUUUGAAACCAAUCGGUAGCGCUUAAAUAUUUGUAUUUAUAUGGAACAUAAUUUAUUAACAUGAAGAUCAAGUAAUAAAGGAAGGCAUACAUAGAAAACAUAUAAAAUGAUCGAA